UCGGCCAGAGUCACUAGCGAGAGCAGGAAAGCGGAGCUUAGGCUCCCGCGGGGGGGAAGGGCGGGCAGAGUGUGCGCAGGCGCCCUCCGCCGCCCGGUGACAGGCAUGUGCGCAGGCCUGUCGCCACCCCUCCGUCCUCUGAUCGUCCCAAGAGGAACGGCCUGCAUCUGACAGCUUCUGCUUCCGGGUCAACGCUCGGGAGCCGCUUUCGGUCCCCAUUACGACUCGGUGGUUAGUUUGGAGCAUGUGAACAUAUCCUGAGCCCUUGAUGAGUUCCAGUAUGUGGUAUAUUAUGCAGAGCAUUCAGAGCAAAUACUCUCUUUCAGAGCGCUUAAUUCGAACAAUUGCUGCCAUACGUUCCUUUCCCCAUGAUAACGUAGAGGACCUGAUCAGAGGGGGAGCUGAUGUAAAUUGUACCCAUGGCACACUGAAGCCACUGCACUGUGCCUGCAUGGUAUCAGAUGCUGACUGUGUGGAGUUACUCUUGGAAAAAGGAGCUGAGGUAAAUGCUCUAGAUGGCUACAACCGGACAGCUCUCCAUUAUGCAGCUGAGAAAGAUGAAGCUUGUGUAGAAGUCCUUUUGGAAUAUGGUGCGAAUCCUAAUGCGCUGGAUGGCAACAGAGAUACCCCACUUCACUGGGCAGCCUUUAAGAAUAAUGCUGAAUGCGUAAGGGCCCUCCUGGAGAGCGGUGCCUCCGUCAAUGCCCUGGAUUACAACAACGACACGCCACUUAGCUGGGCUGCCAUGAAGGGAAACCUGGAGAGUGUUAGCAUCCUCCUUGACUAUGGUGCAGAGGUCAGGGUCACCAACUUAAAGGGCCAGACACCUAUCUCUCGGUUAGUGGCUUUGCUGGUUAGGGGACUUGGAACAGAAAAAGAGGAUUCUUGCUUUGAACUCCUCCACAGAGCUGUUGGACACUUCGAAUUACGGAAAAAUGGCACGAUGCCUGGGGAGGUAGCCAGAGACCAGCAACUGUGUGAAAAACUGACUUUGCUGUGCUCAGCCCCAGGAACCCUAAAGACAUUGUCUCGAUACGCUGUUCGACAUAGCCUGGGACUCCAGUAUCUGCCAGAUGCAGUCAAGGGCCUGCCACUGCCAGCAUCUUUGAAGGAAUACCUGUUACUUGUGGAAUAACUGAGGAAGAGCUUGGGCCAUCACGCAGCUAUUCUACAUGAGGUUUGCCCUGCAGACCUGGCUCUCCUGUUCUAUCACGGGGAAAUGGAUACAAACAGCUCAUGUUUGGUGCAUAGAUUUUGAAGCAACAUAUCACAGCAAUAACACCCUUGCCACCUCCCCUCUAAGCCAAACAACAACAAAAAAAAUCCCAUGCUUUUUUGUUUGCAGAAACUGUGUGUAUUGCUUACUCAGCUUUUGACAUUGCACCUUCUAAAAGGAAAGUCUCCAUGUUCUCUUGUUUAGGAGACAUAGCUGGAGCCAGUCACACAGCUGAAUUUCUUUAGGAAAAUUAAAUGUAUUUAAAUAGUGUGUGUGAUCUCCCUGCAGAGAUGUUUGAUUACUGAAAACCCUUUCGAAACUUUUUAAUUGGUCUUUGGAGAUAUUCAGGGAAAUAACAGUCGAGAUAAUACUGUCCACAAUCCAAAGAAGAAAAUAUAACACGGCUUAAAUAGUGCAAGUUAGUAAUCACUUAACUGAAUGACAUUAGCAUUGCCUUGCAAUUGGGGGGGAAACGUUCCUUUGUUUCCCGUUCUAAGAACCAAGCUGUCCCUGUUUUCCCUGUGGUCCAGCAGAAUUAAUUUAGUUGCUCUCCAGUGUAGAGAAAAGAGUUCUCUCUGCAGACCUCCAUCAUCCCUUUCCUUUAGACCUUUUGGUGUCUGAUUCCAGGAGGAAUGCGUGGAAGCUAGGUUGCUUUCUUCCAGAGUCAAGUUCAUAGUCUCUGUAUAGAACACUCUACUAAAUGUUUAGAAUUAUUACUUAAGUUGUGCUUUGUAUCGACAUUUUGGUCAUUUCAGGCUGUGUCUGUGUAUGUGUUGCUAGUGGGGAGAUACUGUAUAGAAAAGAACUACAGACCUAGAAAAGUGUGGUUUGGGUCAACAGGACUUUCCAUUUCCACAUUCCUAAACUUUGAAUCAAGUUGUCAUUCAUCCUUCUGAGAAGCCGUAAUCUGAGGAAUAUUUGACUAAAACAAAAAACUAUGUUGGGUGGGAGAGGAAAGGGCAGGGAUGGGAGGAAACCAUAUGCAAAAUGGGAAGGAAUCUGUUGAAGUAACUGAGGAGAAAGACGGAGUGACAUACUGAAGAGAAGCAAACUGGGUUCAGAGACUUCUACACAUACUGGUUUUGUGUUACUAGAAGCCCUUUCACGGAGUACCCCAGUUCCCUUAAGACUAUGUAUAAAGUACAGAACAGAUGCCAA